CAGUUGUGGACACGGAGCUGCGGCGGACACACGGACAGACCGAGCGCGAGGCGAACAGACACGCGACGUUAUACAGAGAGCGCCCGACCCGACCCGACCCGACUCGGGACCCGAUCAGCCGGCGCGGAUCACACACAGCGGUUCGGUGGAGGAACUGCCCCUCGGCUCGGUGACUGGAUACCGGAGUGAUUGGAGAGGCUGCUGGUAACCGGACGAAAGGAGACAGGUAGCCGUCAGGUGUUUUCAGAGGUUCACAAAGACUCGUGAGCCGAGAGAUCCGUCAAAGCCGCUCAGCAUGGUUGGCCUCACUUGGAGGUCGUGUCUGCUGCUCAUCAAUGUGUCGCUGUUGGCCGUGAGUGCCUGGAUGCCGGCACCCCAGUCUUUCACAUUCAACGACUUGAGCAUCGGGCACGAGAACCUGAUCCAGAAGAUUUUCACGGAGGUGUUUUUCUCGGUGCCGGGCACGGAGAAGAAGGUGCUGCUGCAGGCGGCCAAGGCGUCCGAGGUGCAGCCCACCGCCGCCCACAGCAACAACGUCUCAGAGAUUUUGAGCUCGCUCCCGCCUCAGAAGGUGUCGGAGGAGAGCGCCCAGGGCGUGGUGCAGGCCCUGCCCGUCGACCACGUCUCCACCGAGGAUCUCCUCUGGAACGUCUACAACAAGGAGAUUGAACGGUUCGUCUCCGAGAUGGGCGCCAGGUCGGGCAGAUCGGACACCGGCUACCCCAAGGUCAGCCAAGGCCACCUGAAGCUCAUGCUGGAGAAUGUGUUCAAGCUGCCCCGCUCCGACGACCGGGACGCAGAGCUGAAAAGUGCAAUUCGGAUGUACAUCACGCGGAAGAUGUACUCGUACAACAUGCUGUCCGUCAACCACGUCUUCCAGUUCGCGCCGACUGACCUGGAGGCGCUGGCAGAGAAGCUGGAUGCCAAGGAUAACCUGGACGCGGCGUUGGAGGUGCAGGCCCAGGGACCGGAGGAGCCCAUCGGCGUAAAUGUGGUGGGCGUGCUGCCCGGCCGGCGCUGGGGCACUCCCGACGACAAGCUGCUCAUCGUCGGAGCGCACUACGACACCGUACCGGAUACGCCCGGUCUGGACGAUAACGGCUCGGGCGUGGUGGCGCUGCUGGAGGCGGCGCGCGCCCUCUCCGAGGGCGGCUGUCGCCCCGAGUUCAGCGUGCUCUUCGUGGCCUUCGACCUGGAGGAGCAGGGCGGCGCCGGCUCGCUGGCCUUUAUCCACCACGUGCUGUACACGGAGGUCCUGGAGCCGGCCGGCUGGCCCGCCGUCCAGGGCGCCUUCAUCUUGGACACAGUGAUGAACUACAACACCACGCCCAGCGCCCAGUCCGUGCCCAUUGCCUGGAUGGAGCAGCUGAGGGGGACUGUGGACCGGAUUGACCGGCGCGGCGGGCGCGGCGACUUCCUGGCCGCCAUCUACCGACGGCCGGUGGAGGAGCAGCUGGUGGACGCCUUCAGCGCCCACUACAGCACGCUCAGGGACUCGUACAAGUUCUCCAUGGAGCGGUUCGACGUCGACCUGCCGGCCAAAAAGCCGAGCGACGACGUCCUGUUCGAGCACAUGGACCUGAUGCGCUCCGACCACAGCCGAUUCUGGUACGUGAGCCGCGGCUCCAAGAACCAGACAGAGGCGCCGGAGACGAUCCCCGCCGUGCUGCUGACCGACACGGGCCCGUACCGCGGCGCCAUGGCCGCCUGCUACCACUCGCCCUGUGACGACGUGCCGCAGCUGCUGCAGGCCGGCCCCGAGAACCUGCCCUUCCUGGCGCACACCACGCAGGCGCUGGUCAACACCCUGGUCGACCUCAGUGGCGCCACCUGCAGCGGCCGGCCGCUCACCGAGCCGCCGCCGCCGCUGCCAUCUGUCGGCAAAAAGGCGAAAUGAGAUGCAUAUCCUGACUGAGGGUUUGGGAGAUUGACUCGGACGGUUGGCUGUUGGCUUCGUGAUUGGUCGUUGACUGGGGGAGGAGAGGGACAGGGAGACGUGGAAAACUGCGUCAUCUCCGUUAUGUAUUUUUAUAUUUGUGGUUUGUUGAAUAUUGCAUAUAGUUGAUCCAUGGCACAGACGGGAUGUGGAGAUUCCGGCUGCGCUUACCCAUGCAAUGCGUGAGAACGGCGUAGUGGAGCCACAUGACUUGGGCCAAACUUCCCCAGGUCCAGACUCCAGGCCUUUCUUUCCCAGCCGCCUUUCCCAGCGAAGUUGGCUGGUGAAUUAUUUAGCUGCGCAGUGGCCAAUAUAUUUAGCUGGGGAGGACAUCCGCCUCUUCAGCUGGUUUAAAAGGUCAUGACCUUUCAAAUCAUGUUACGGCUAUGUUACGGACAUGAAUGUCCGUAACAUACCACCGACAAUGACUAGCCUCAAUAUAAAAGUUACCAGAUAUUACGUGAUUAUGGUAAGGAUACAAUCACCAGGGUAUUUUGGAAUGAAGCGAAUAUGACACGUACAAUGAUAAUCACUCAUCACCGAAUUAUCAUUAAUCUGACCGAUUAGAUAUGCCCCAAAUACCGUGACCUUUCCUAUUCAUUGAAAGAUGCAAUCUCCGUUGUGUUUUACCUUAUUUUAACGAUCAAAGGCUCAAUCAACCGUAGACCUUGCAAUUUUUUUAUCUAAGCACCUUUUGCAUCGUCUGGUGAACGGGUAAUUAAAAGACACACAAAUGAAUUAGUUCUGAAAGCGACGCACAAACUUCUAAGAGCCAGCGUGAAAUUUAGUUAUGUUUCACUGAAAAUGCAUGAUGGAGAAGUAUAUGAACUCAGUAUAAUUUUGACUUAUGGCACAGUAUUGUAAGGGAGCGAACAAGGUCGCACUAUUUACAUUUGCCUAAUAAUUUUGUUUUCCAACAAACACUAACUCAACUAGGUACUGAAUACGUGGCAUGUUGUUUAGGUCAUGACUAAUUACUCAAGGAUACAAGUGUUGUAUGCCUGUAUUGAUGCAAAUUAUGUGUAUGCCGAUACCUACGCUUUAUAUGCCUUUAUUGAUGCAGAGGGGUGUAGCACGUAUGUACGUACAUUAGGUCAUGAAUACACCUUUCUGCAGUGAUAGGUACAGUUUAUGGUACCGAAUAUGGAUACUGUUAAGCCGGUGUUGAGCUAUGUGACCCCAGUUGCUGUCAGCGGUGUUAAUUGGCUGGUUGAAAUGUUCCACAUACAUAUAUCGGUACUGUGUUUGACCUAGCUCCCGGUUCUCACUGCUGCCAAGCAGUUGAUAACGUCCGAAGACUGUUACCACGUGUUGCAGGUGCUAUAGUCCGACGGGUAUAUAGGGCCUUGGUCCGACGUUUGUUUGGAGCUAAGGAUGAGUGCUCGCUCGGGCCACUGCCGAAAUGAAAUACAGCUAUUUUAACCACCGAA